GUUGGAAAAAAGCUAUCAGAACUAAUUCGAGAUUCAGGCGGCCAAACAUCUGGAACUGAGCAAGGCAGGUGGCAAGUCGAGCUUUCCCAGGCCGCAAUUGAACUGAUAGCAAUUGUGACAAAUUCAGGCCGUGCAAGUACGCUAGCAGCUACUGAUGCCGCCACCCCUACUUUGAGGCGCAUAGAAAGAGCAGCUAUAGCUGCUGCUACGCCUAUUACUUACCAUUCCAGGGAACUUUUACUUCUAAUCCAUGAACACCUACAGGCAUCUGGUUUGGGUGCAACUGCUACGGCACUGUUGAAAGAGGCCCAGUUGACUCCUCUGCCGUCCUUGGCAGCCCCAUCAUCUCUUGCUCACCAAACCUCCACCCUAGAAGCUCCCUAUACUCGACUCCAAUGGCCCUCUGGUCGAGCCCCUUGUGGAUUUCUCACUAAGAAAUCUAAAUUUAGCGCAUGGGAUGAGGACACAAGCUUGAAGUUUGAUUCAAAUGUAACUUCUUCAAAGAAAAAACUAUUAGCUUUCUCACCUAGUUUUGGUUUGCACUCAAGAAAUCAGUUGCAAUUCCAUGAUUCCCAGUCAGUAUCUGCCAGGAAAGUCUUCAGUUCUUCAAAACAAUCUUCUGCUCAUGCAAUUGCAGCAGAAACUCAAUCAGAGUCCUUCACAAAACCUAAUCUUGAUACAGAAUCCCUAUGUAAGACUCCUAUUAUAUUGCCAAUGAAGCGAAAAUUAUCAGAGUUGAAGGAUGUUGGGUCGAUUUCGUUCUCCGGAAGGCGACUCCACACAGGCGAGCAAGGACCUCAGUCUCCAGUUUGUCCUACACCCAGUAGUCUUCGUAAAAGCAAUCUACUGACUGAUAAUAUUGGACUUUCUACACCAACUUCUAACCUUAGAGAUCAGCAUUGGCAAUCAACGCCAAUUGGUGGCUUGGCAGGUUAUAUGGAUGAAAACCAUUACGGUAACCCCCAUAUAGGUCAGGUGACACCAUCCUCACAACUUGAGCUUUUAAAUGAUCCCCAGCCCAGCAGCACAGAGAGGUUAACUCUAGACUCUCUUGUUGUUCAAUAUCUGAAGCACCAGCAUCGCCAAUGCCCUGCCCCUAUAACCACUCUUCCACCACUCUCUCUCUUGCAUCCACAUGUCUGUCCUGAACCUAAACGAAGCCUUGAUGCCCCAUCAAAUGUAACAGCUCGACUUGGUACACGUGAGUUUAGAAGUAUAUAUGGUGGGGUACAUGGAAAUCGAAGAGAUCGCCAAUUUGUUUAUAGUAGAUUUAGACCUUGGAGAACUUGUCGGGAUGAUGCUGGUGCACUUUUGACAUGCAUUGAUUUUCUUGGGGACUCUUCCCGUCUUGCAGUUGGCAGCCACUCUGGAGAGCUCAAAAUUUUUGACUCUAACAGUAACAACGUGCUGGAGAGCUGCACGAGCCAUCAGUCUCCUUUGACAUUUGUUGAAUCCUAUCUUUCUGGUGAGACACAGCUGCUGCUUUCGUCGAGCUCCCAGGAUGUAAGGUUGUGGGAUGCAUCUUCAAUCUCAGGUGGACCAAUGCAUCCAUUUGAAGGGUGUAAGGCUGCAAGGUUUAGCAACUCUGGAAGCAUUUUUGCAGCCUUGACAGUAGAGCCCUCUCCACGAGAAAUUCUCCUCUACAAUAUCCAGACCUGCCAGUUGGAAUCAAAGCUAUCAGACACGUCUGCAAGUUCUACAGGCCGGGGGCAUAUAUAUUCUCUCAUACACUUCAGCCCUUCAGAUGCUAUGCUGCUAUGGAACGGGGUCUUGUGGGAUCGGCGGGUUUCUGGUCAUGUUCAUCGCUUUGAUCAAUUUACAGAUUAUGGAGGUGGCGGCUUUCAUCCAGCUGGGAAUGAGGUAAUUAUAAACUCGGAGGUUUGGGAUCUCCGGAAGUUUAGGCUCCUCCGAAGUGUACCUUCAUUAGACCAAACGAUGGUAACAUUUAAUGCACGUGGAGAUGUAAUUUAUGCAAUACUUCGGAGAAAUCUUGAGGAUGUAAUGUCAGCAGUUCACACACGACGAGUCAAGCAUCCUCUCUUUGCUGCUUUUCGCACAGUGGAUGCAGUCAACUACUCUGACAUUUCCACUAUGCCCGUAGAUCGUUGUGUCCUUGACUUUGCAAAAGAGCCGACAGAUUCCUUUGUAGGGUUGAUUACGAUGGAUGACCAAGAUGAGAUGUACUCUUCAGCUAGGAUUUAUGAAAUUGGACGUCGAAGGCCAACAGAUGACGAUUCUGAUCCUGAUGACGCCGAGAGUGAGGAGGAUGAUGAGGAUGAUGAUGAUGAUGAUGCUGAUGUGGACUCGUUACUGGGCCCAGAUCUUGAUGGGGAUGGUGAUAGUGAUGCUGAUGAUAUGAGUAAUGAUGAUUAUGAUGAUAGUGUUGGUGACCUUGAUGAUGAUGAUGACGAUGACGACGAUGGAGAUUUCAUGCUGGAAGGGGGAACGGGAUUACUGGAGAUUGUGAACGAGGGUGAUGAGGAUGAGGAUGAUAGCGAAUUGGUUGAAUCAUUUAGUAGCGAUGGGGAUGAUUUUAUGGGGAACGUUUUUGGUUAUUAAACGUUACGUAAUUCUUAGAUUUAUUUUAAAUUAUGGCCCAGAUUUUGUAAUUAUGCUGAUAGAAGUUUUUACUUUUGACCGCAAGUGUAGAGCUGAAAACCAGCAGCAGUAUCCAAGUCCACUAUGUGAGAAUUGAAAUUAUACGCUCGAACCAGAAAGUCACCGAAAAUAGUUAGUUUUUUAUUUUUUUCA